AUGGCCCCAGAGAAGAUGGCUAUCGUCUGCAUCCAACGCGGCACAUCCGGCAUCGGCUUCGCCAUCGCCGAGCGAUUUCUCCAAGAAGGAGCAGAUCGCGUCAUUCUUGUCGGCAGAUCUUACGACCGGCUAGUCAAAGCCGCUUCUCGACUAUAUUCUUCCACCCUUGGAGGCAUACCCACUGCCACCGCGCCUAGCGGGGGUAGCGCCGAUGGUCAAGUCGCAACAAAGGCGCCCGAAGCAGAUCAACAAGCGCAGAACCAAGGCACCGCGAAGCCGCAGGGGACGCUGAUUGAGUCGUCAAGCAGAGUCAGCCUACUCGUCGGCGAUGUCUCCGAAGCCGCGACGUGGUUGCGCCAGCUGGAAAAGGCAAUGCAACCCGUAGACAUCCUCGUCAACGCAGCUGGCAUCUCCACAUCCAACAUCCUCGCCAAGCUCGAAGCAGACGAAAUCUCGCGGGUCCUCCGCACGAACCUCGAGGGACCGAUGCUGACCGCACGGGCACUGGUCCGCGCCUCGAUUCGCAGCCGGAUGAAGAAUCGCGGCACUGGUACCGGCGCGCCCCGCUCGAAAUGCAUCAUCAACAUUUCCUCCUUGCUUGCUGUUAAGGGUGGGACUGGCGCGGUGCCCUAUGCUGCGUCCAAGGCUGGUAUUCUGGGCCUCACGCGCUCGUUGACGGUGGAGACGGCCAGUUCGCUGAGAGAUGUCGUGAUUCGGUCGAAUGCCAUCCUGCCGGGUUAUGUGGAGACGCCAAUGAUUGCAGACUUCAGUGAAGGCGAGACCUCCAGGUUGAAAGAUAGUAUCCCGCUACGAAGAUUUGGCACUCCAGAUGAGAUUGCUGAUGCGGCAGUGUUCCUGGCGCAAAAUGAAUACGCGAAUAACUGCGUCCUGAAUCUAGAUGGCGGACUGAGUGCUAUCUAG